AUGACACGGCCAACGGAUCAACGACCAAUAACUCCUUUACCAAGAAAACAACUUUUUAUCUUGUGCUGUUGCCGUUUUGCGGAACCAAUUGCAUUCACAAAUAUAUUACCAUUCUUAUAUUUUAUGGUUGAGGAUUUCCACUUAACAGAUGACCCAAAGAAGAUUGGGUACUUUGUUGGAUACAUAGCAAGUUCAUUUGCUCUAUGUCAGUUUUUCACAGGACUUCCGUGGGGCUUCUUAAGCGACAGAAUUGGUAGGAGACCUGUCAUUCUCACUGGCCUCUUGGGCACUAUGACGAGCUCACUGCUUUUCGGUCUCAGUACCUCAUUUACUUGGGCGAUCUUGAGUCGAUCACUAUGCGGAAUUCUUAAUGGAAAUGUCGGUGUCAUCAAGAGUAUGUUGGCUGAGCUAACCGAUGAAACAAAUCAAGCCACGGCCUUUUCAUUUUUGCCGUUUAUGUAUGGCAUUGGGAUAAUCAUUGGUCCAAUGUUGGGCGGAUUCCUCGCAAAGCCUGCCGAGCAGUAUCCAUCAAUAUUCGGAAAUUGUCCCUUUCUGAAAACAUACCCCUACUUUCUACCGUGUUUCGUAGCUUCAUUGAUUUGUCUUUUUGGAUUCACAAUCGGAUUUUUCUUCCUUGAAGAGACGCUUGAAUCAAAGAAGAAACAAAAAUCAAAAUCAACUCUAUUCGAGCGCACUGAAGCAGCAGACAAGGAAGAACGCGCUCCUCUUAUACCUAAAGAUGAUCCGCCUCCCGAGAAUCCAUCAUUCCGCGACAUUCUCUGUAAACCAGUUUUGGUAAUGGUCCUAAGCUACGUGUUCUUGGCUCUGCAAACGAUCAUGUACGAUGGCAUCUACAACCUCUGGUGUGCGACUCCCGUCAAGUUUGGUGGGCUUGGAUUUAGCACUAAAGAAAUUGGAAUAUCUUUGAGUUGUGCCGGGUUAUUCACUUUGACCUGGCAGUUAUUCGUGUAUCCCAAAACGCAGCGAAAAUUCGGAACAUUGAACUGUUAUAGAACUGCAUUAAGUGGAUAUAUGCUAGUGUAUUUCUUCCAACCAUUUGUUAACGUUGUUGCAAAGAAAAUUGAAGAGGGAGCCAUAACAAGCAUAUGGUUAUGGCCGUUUCUAUUACUAUUCGUCUUUGGAAACAGGAUUUGCUGUGUUACAGCGUUUACUAGCUCUAUGAUUUUGGUGACCAAUGUAGCUCCAACCAAAGCUCAACUGGGAAGUGUCCACGGUUUGACCCAGACAAUGGGCUCGGGCGUGCGAGCGAUCGGUCCCGCAUCGGCCGGUACACUCUUUGCAUUGUCUCUCCAGUCUCCGUUCUCAUUUCCAUUCGACAAGCAUUUUGUGUGGACAAUAUUAGCUGUGAUUGCUCUAGUGUCUCGAUUAGAGUCGAAUCUGGUGAUAGACCCAAAGGCCAAAAAUAGCAGACAAGAGGCGGUUGAGGUCGAUGUAGAUAAAAAG